AUGGCGAGGAAUUACGUUAAAGAGAACGUACCCCUUUCUAGAUUCGGUGUUUUAGUGGCUCAGCUGGAGUCAAUAGUUGCGUCCGCUUCUCAUAAGCCUCCGGACCCUCUUUUAUGUUUCGAUCUUCUGUCUGAUCUCCUCUCCGCCAUUGACGAAGAACCUAAGGAUUCUAUACUUCUAUGGCAAAGAAAAUGCGAGGAUGCCCUUUAUUCUUUGUUAGUGCUUGGUGCAAGGAGGCCAGUGCGCCAUUUAGCAUCAUCGGCAAUGGCUAACAUUAUAAUGAAGGGGGAUAGCAUUUCUAUAUAUUCAAGAGUGAGCAGCCUUCAGGGAUUCCUUUCAGAUGGGAAAAAGAGUGAACCUCAUCGAGUAGCUGGUGCUGCGCAAUGCCUAGGAGAACUUUAUCGCUAUUUUGGAAGAAGAAUAACUUCUGGCUUAUUGGAGACGACUACUAUUGUGGGAAAACUUCUGAAAUUUAAUGAGGAUUUUGUUAGGCAAGAAGCUUUGCACAUGCUUAAAAAUGCUUUGGAAGGGUCUGGAGGCAAUGCUGCGUCUGCUGCAUAUGUGGAAGCAUUUCGAGUCAUAACGAGGAUUGCAGUGGGAGAUAAAUCAUAUACAGUCAGAAUAGCAGCUGCGAGAUGUUUGAAGGCAUUUGCAAAUAUUGGAGGACCUGGACUAGGAAUUGGAGAAUUUGAGACUUCUUCAUCUUUUUGUGUAAAGGCCCUUGAGGAUCCUGUAUCAUCUGUGAGAGAUUCUUUUGCUGAAGCUUUAGGAGCGUUGCUUGCUCUGGGCAUGAAUCCCGAUGCACAGAUUCAAGCUAGGGGCAGGGCGCAGUUUACACCAAAGAAAUUUGAAGGCGGUCUACAGAGGCACUUAUGUUUACCAUUUAUGAAAGCUAUUGGACCACGUGUUAAGGAACUACGUGUUGGCAUUACCUUAUCAUGGGUUUCUUUCUUACAGGCCAUGCGUUUGAGAUAUCUUCAACCGGACGGUGAGCUUCAGAACUUUGCCCUUCAGGCUAUUGAUAUGCUUCAGAUGGAUAACACUUUUGAUGCUCAAACCCUGGCUUGUGUUCUAUAUAUUCUCCGUGUUGGUGUCACCGAUUUGAUGAGUGAACCUACUCAGAGAAGCUUCUUGGUUUUCUUGGGAAAACAGCUUCAGUUGUCUACUGCUACACCUUCCAUGCGCGUUGCUGCUUUGCGUACUGUUUCAUAUACAUUGAAAACACUGGGAGAGGUACCUCAAGAGUUUAAAGAGUUACUUGAUGACACUAUCGUUGCUGCACUUUCCUAUCACUCUCCUCUGGUACGUGUGGAGGCUGCUUUGACAUUACGUACCCUCGUUGAGGUUGACCCUUCCUCAAUUGGUGGUUUAAUCUCUUAUGCAGUGACAAUGCUUAGCGCUGCACGAGAAAAUGUUGCAUUUGAGAAGGGAAAUAAUCUGCAAUUUGAGCUUGAGUGUCUACAUGGGGAAGCUGCUGUUCUGGCAGCUUUGGUGUCUGUCUCACCAAAAGUGCCCCUUGGUUACCCAUCCAGAUUACCAAGAUCAGUUCUUGAAGUCUCCAAGAAAAUGCUAACAGAUUCGAGUCGGAAUCCUUUAGCUUCUGCUGUUGAAAAAGAAGCAGGGUGGAUGCUUCUAUCCUCACUUUUGUCAUCGAUACCAAAGGAGGAACUUGAAGAUCAGGUUUUUGACAUCCUUUCUUUGUGGGCCUCCUUGUUCAAUGGACAUCCAGAUGUUAUUAGUCCAAAUGAAAAUCUGAAUCAUUCAAUAAGUGUCUGGUCUGCUGCAAUUGACGCCCUUACUGCAUUUAUCAAGUGUUUUGUCUCUUCUGAUGGUGGUAACAAGGGAAUAUUACUUGAACCAGUGUUAUUAUACCUCAGUCGGGCAUUGUCAUAUAUAUCACUCUUGGCUACGAAAGAACAGGCGAAUAUUAAAGUUGCAAUGGAUGUGUUGAUCAUAAAGACACUAAUAGCUUAUCAAUCACUAUCAGACCCUUCAGCAUAUAAGAGUGACCAUCCCCGUAUUAUUCAGAUAUGCACUAAUCCUUUUAGGGAUCCCUCCAAAUUUGAGGAAAGCUCAUGCUUGAGGCUGCUGUUGGACAAAAGGGAUGCAUCACUUGGACCUUGGACUCCUGGAAGGGAUUGGCUUGAGGAUGAACUCAGAUCAUUUCAAGGGGGAAAAGAUGGUGUUUUGCCAUGUCUUUGGGAGCAUGACCCUCCGAGUUUUCCACAGCCAGAAACAGUUAGCAAGAUGUUGGUGAAUCAAAUGCUCCUCUGUUUUGGGACCAUGUUUGCUUCCCAGGAUAGCAGUGGGAUGUUAUCUCUUCUUGGCAUAAUUGAGCAGUGUCUAAAAUCUGGGAAAAAACAAGCUUGGCGUGUGGCCAGUGUCACAAAUAUCUGUGUGGGGCUACUUUCUGGAUUAAAGUCUCUUCUUGCCUUACGACCUGAGCCUUUAGGUUUGGACAUAUUGGCUGCAGCACAAUCCAUCUUCCAGAGCAUUUUGGCUGAAGGUGAUAUAUUGGCUUCGCAACGUCGAGCUUCAUCAGAAGGUCUUGGUCUCCUAGCUCGGCUUGGGAACGAUAUAUUUGCUGCAAGAUUGACGAAGUUGCUCCUCGGCGAAGUAUAUGGGGUUACUGACGUGCACUAUUCUGGAUCUAUUGCUCUUGCUCUUGGCAGUAUCCAUCGCAGUGCCGGAGGGAUGGCUUUGUCAAGCUUGGUUCCUGCAACUGUAAAUACCAUUUCCACUCUUGCUAAGAGUACUGUGACUAGUUUGCAGAUUUGGGCAUUGCAUGGUCUUCUUUUGACCAUUGAAGCUGCUGGCUUGUCCUAUGUCUCCCAAGUACAGGCAACACUUUCCCUUGCUCUGGAUAUUUUAUUAUCAGAGGAAACUGGAUUGGUUGAUCUGCAACAGGGAGUCAGUAGCCUCAUAAAUGCUAUUGUUGCUGUUCUUGGACCUGAACUUUCACCAGGGAGUAUAUUCUUCUCACGUUGCAAGUCUGUUAUUGCGGAGAUCAGCUCUCAUGAAGAAACAGCUACACUUCUCGAGAGUGUUCGGUUUACUCAGCAGCUUGUUUUGUUUGCACCACAAGCAGUUACAGUGCAUUCUCAUGUACAAACUCUCCUCCCAACUCUUUCGUCCAGACAGCCAACCCUUAGGCACCUUGCUCUGUUGACUCUACGGCAUCUCAUUGAAAAGGAUCCAGUGUCCGUCAUUGACGAACAGAUAGAAGAGUCUCUGUUUCAUAUGCUGGACGAAGAAACUAAUACCGAGAUUGCUAAUUUAGCUCGCACCACUAUCAUGCGGCUGCUCUAUGCAUCUUGCCCAUUGUGUCCAUCUCAUUGGCUAUCAAUAUGUAGGCACAUGAUUCUUACAUCAUCAAGAAGGGAUAUUGGCAGUAACAACGUGGAUAAUGAUGACUCUUCGAGUGGUCUUAGUGGAGAUGUGAAUCCUGGAGAAGAUGAUGAGAACAUGGUUUCUACCUCCAAAACUACACCAGAUCAUGCACUUGAUUAUUCUGGGUUCAAGAAUGCAAGGGAUAAGCACCUAAGAUAUCGCACUAGAGUUUUUGCAGCUGAGUGCUUAAGCCAUCUUCCUGAAGCUGUUGGGAUAAAUUCUGCUCAUUUUGAUCUCUCUAUUGCUAGAGCACAAAGUACCAAUUCAGUAGCUUCUGGGGACUGGCUAAUCCUUCAUUUGCAAGACCUCAUUUCUCUUGCUUAUCAGAUUAGCACAAUAUACUUUGAAAACAUGAGGCCUAUUGGCAUGGCACUUCUAAGUACAAUUAUAGACAAGUUUGAAACAGUGGAAGAUCCUGAUCUGUCUGGACACCUUCUUCUUGAACAGUAUCAGGCUCAAUUGCUUUCGGCUGUUCGAACUGCAUUGGACCCAUCAGCUGGUCCUAUUCUCCUGGAAGCAGGGUUGCGGUUGGCUACAAAGCUAUUGACAAGUGGUAUUCUUAGUCAAGAUCAAGCCGCAGUGAAGCGUAUAUUUUCGUUGAUUUCACGUCCACUGGAUGACUUCAAUGACCUUUAUUAUCCUUCCUAUGCAGAAUGGGUUUCAAGCAAGAUAAAAAUUAGACUUCUGACUGCCCAUGCCUCCCUCAAAUGUCAUAUAUAUGGAUUCUUGAGGAAAGAAGAUGACAAGAUUCCUGAUGAAUAUCAAGCAUUAUUACCUUUGUUUUCCAAAAACUCGGAAAUUCUUGGGCUGUACUGGCUUUCUGUUUUGAAGGAUUAUUCUUUCAUCCGCUUCCGUUCACAUCCUAGAAAAAAUUGGAAACCUUUCCUUGAUGGUGUCCAGUCACCAUUAGUUUCAAGCAAGUUGCAGCAUUGUCUGGAAGAAGCCUGGCCAGUGAUCCUGCAAGCAGUGGUUUUUGAUGCGGCACCAGAAAAAUCUUUCUCAAAUGGAUCUCCAGCAUCUGACAGCAGAUCAAAGGGGCCAUUUAUUUCCGGAUUUCGCAUGGUUGAGUUGCGACUUGAAGAAUUUCAAUUUCUAUGGGGCCUCUCUUUACUUGUUCUAUUUCAAGGGCAAGAUAAAGACGGUGAUGACUCUUUGAUACCCGUCAGUGCAGUCAAGCCAAAACUGACUGAGGAUAGUUCUUUAGUCACAAAGUUAAGCGAAACAGUUCUGCCUGUUUUAGAAUUUCUAUCUGUGGAAAGGUUUUUCGGUGCUGGAUUCCUCACUGCGGAUAUCUGCAAAGAACUGUUCCAUAUCUUCGUGUACUCUGUUUUGACGGGAAAUACAUGGGAUGGUCUCGCUGUCUCUGUUACAUUGAAGAUUUUGCAGAACUGCCCCCAUCAUUUCCUGGAAUCGGAGAACUUUGUGUACUUGUCAUUGGAACUUUGUUUGGCAUUUCUUUUCAAGUUCUUCCUGAGUUCUGGUGAUACGUCUGAACCUAAAUCAUGCUGGGAACAUGUAGUUUUCACCUCACUCAGUGCUGCUGCUACAUUGUUGGGACGGAUUACCUGUAAGAUGCAGUUAAAGUCUCUGUUGACUUUUCUUUUGAUUGGUAGCAAAUCCAUUGGAGGAGCAUCAACUGAUUUACACCUCUUCAAAGCUAAUGAAUUCUUCCAGGCUGUUAUUUCCAAGCUGAUGGAGGUCAUUCAUAAUAAAUCUGAAAUUGAUGAUGAUGGCAUUUGCGGAUUGAGGACACUCAACAAUGCUUCUCUAAAGUCAUCGACAAGUUUGAUUACUGUCUGCAUCGAGAGUAUUCACUUGUUGGAGGAUAAGAGGUCUAACCAACGUAAAUUGCUGCUGAUGAAGCUUGCAUUCUUGCUUGAGCAUGUUAUUUCAAUUUCUAAGAUAGCUUUUCUGCUUGAGUGCCCUGGCGAUUGCGAAGAGUUUAAUCUUGAGUUAUCAACUAUUAUGCGACAUGGCAUCGAAUGUUUCCGUACUGUUCUUAAUGAUCAUGACAUACAGGUUCAAGUAAUUGGAUUACAAGCAUUGAAAAGCAUGCUACAGAAAGGAAAUAACCCUGAACAAUACUCUUUUGAGAUUUUCUUUUUGGGGGAGCUCAUCAGAGACAUUAUGAAUGUAAUCCAUGUGUUUUUGGAGAAUCCUGCAAAUAAGGAAUCAGGGACCGUAGUUGGGGAGUGCUUAAAAAUGCUAAUGCUUCUGCAAGCAUUAUCGAGAGUUAGUGAAUGUCGGAAGUGUCUUCUGCACCUGCUAUUGGAAGCUGUUCUCUUGGUCUUUUCAACAUCAACUAAUUAUUCUUCUAAGGUGGAACUUAAUGGAUUAAGAAGCACAGCUAUUAAACUUGUUUCACAGCUUGCUCAGAGUCCAAGUUCGGCAGUUUAUUUCAAGGAUGUUCUAUUAUCAAUGCCUUUUGAGAGAAGGCAGAAACUUCAGGAUAUUAUUCGUGCCUCUCUGACCCAGGAUCAGAAUUUCACGGAGAAGCCUUCUGUAGCUCCCUUAGCUAUAAAGAUUCCUGCACAAAUAAAGGAAAGCAAGGAGCAAAGUUUGUCUGCUAUCGCCAAUAGGCCUGCUGAUGACAAUGUUGCAGAUGAGGAUAACGAAGAAGAUGAAGAAGAUGAUGAUGAUGAUUGGGACACAUUCCAAUCUUUUCCUGCUUCAGUUCCAACUAAUUCUAUGAGCACCGGAGAGCCUGAAUUGACUGAAAACACUUCUACUCCGAACCAGGAUGUUGAAUUGCACCUUGAAUCACCUUCUUCCGACGAAGCAGACGUAAUCACCACCACAAAUGAGGAAGAAGCACGUGUGGGAACUAUCCCGGACUCUGUUAUUGUGGAAGAAGAGAAAAAGGAUUUCCAUGAGUUUCAUGAUGUUCUAGUCACCACGACAAAUGAGGAAGAAGCUCAUGUGGGAACUAUCCCGGACUCUGUUAUUGAGGAAGAAGCGAAAAAGGAAUUCCAUGAGUUUCACGAUGAACAUCAUGAUACCGAGAAAGCUGAUGUGGUUGAAGUAGAGAAGGAUGAAGUUGGGCCAAUUCAGACAAUUGUGGAAGCACAAGAGACUAACAGCGAAACAUCUGAUAUUGAAGAAGCUAGACCUGCCCCCGACUCUGAGAAGAAUACGAGUUCGUGUAUGGUUCAACAGGCUGAAGAAUCCCGCGACAUAAGUACGGAACCCCAUGAUAGCAGUGCUGCAGGGUCUUAG